AUGGACAUCACAACUAUUCUAAACAGGAAAGGUUCUGUAGCCAUGGUCGCGCCAGAUGCUCAAUUUGACCAGCAACAGUUUAUACAAGCCUCGAAUCUUGACAACUCUUCGCCCAGAAUGAAACCCGAACCCGGCGCCUCCGAGGCCAUCGAUCAGCCAGUACUCUCUUAUACUCCACAUGCUCCGCUCAACCAGAUGCCCAACAUCAACCAGGACAUGCGAUAUCAAGCGCAGCCACCCAACGCCCAGUUGCCUUUGUUGCAAAGUCCUUAUGCCCCCGGAGGGUACGCGGGCACUCAAAUACCCAACACCACGCCUCAAGGGCGACCGGACCCUCCUCCCAAGACCUUCCAUUGUGGAACUUGCGGUAAAGGCUUCGCUCGGCGCAGUGAUCUGGCCAGAGCGAAUCCACUCCGGGAUCCGGCCGCAUGCCUGCGAUUGGCCUGGCUGUGGGAAGCAGUUUAUCCAACGGUCAGCUUUGACUGUACAUUCGCGGGUACACACGGGUGA